AUGGAAGAGCAGUUCAAGGUGGAGAUGAAAACCAGACUGAGGGAAACUAAGAUGUUACUGCAUCAGAAAUUAGGAAGUGCCCAAACACACUUAGAAGCACAACAACAGAAUCCCCUCUUGCGUCUGGAAAUACAGAUUAAACAGCUGACUAAUCAAUUGUCCUCCAUUGAUCAAAAAGUUUCCCAGGAAAUAGAAAAAAAGCUCCAAACUCUGCACAGCAUGCUGUUUGCCAGCACAGAUGAGUUGAAGCAAUGGAAAGAUCUCCUAGAGAAGAAACUUUCAACGUCACAGCCCACUGUGGAAAUCGGUCAUUUGGAAGAGAAAUUAGAACAGCUAGAGAAAUCAGAAAAGAAGAUGGGAGAGCAGUUGAAAGCAGAGAUCAAAAACAGUCUGGAGGCAACUGAGAUAUUAUUGGAAAAGAAGAUGGGAGAGCAGUUGAAAGCGGAGAUCAAAAACAGUCUGGGGGCAACUGAGAUGCUGUUGGAUGAGAAGUUAGGAAGUGUCCAAACACAGAUAGAAGCCCGGCUACAAAAUCCCCUCUCGGGUCUGGAAACACAGAUUAAACAGCUGACUAAUCAGUUGUCCGCCACUGAUGAAAAAGUUUCCCAGGAAAUCGAAAAUAAGCUCCAAACUCUGCACAGCAUGCUGUUUGCCAGCACAGAUGAGUUGAAGCAAUGGAAAGAUCUCCUAGAGAAGAAACUUUCAACUUCACAGCCCACUGUGGAAAUCGGUCAUUUGGAAGAGAAAUUAGAACAGCUAGAGAAAUCAGACACUGAAAAGCGUUUUGAAGCAGAACUGAAAAAACUAAGAACUGAAAUAGAUUGGAGAAGGGCUCGCAACAAUGCAGGUGACAUCAUUCUUGAUGCAGGCACAGCCCACCCCAACCUCUCCAUUUCUGGGGAUAAGAAGAAUUUGAAACAUGAAGCCCAACCUCAGAAAGUUCAUCAAAAGCCAGAGAGGUUCGAUUCGACUGUCUGUGUGUUGGGCUCUGAAAGAUUCUCCUCUGGAAAGCACUACUGGGAGGUGGAUGUUGGGAGCAGCACUGACUGGGACCUGGGAGUGGCCAGAAAAUCCAUAAAGAGAAAAGGAAAACUUUCCUUGUCCCCUAAAGAGGGAUUCUGGGCUCUGGGUGUGAGUGGGAAAGAUUGUUGGGCAAAAACAGACCCAUGGACCCGGGUCCUAGUGCAGAAAAAGGUCAAGAAAAUUGGAGUUUACCUUAAUUACCAAGAUGGGCAGGUGACUUUUUUCAAUGUAACUGACAUGUCUGUGUUGUUCACAUUUAAUGAUUGUUCAUUCUCAGGUGCUGUUUAUCCAUUCUUUAAAAAUUCCCACAAAGAAACAUCAAUGAGAAUUUGUUCUAUAAAAGAAGACUAAUCAUUUUAAAAUGUUGUGAGAACUACAGAUAAAGUCCAUGAACCACUAGGUAACCACCACUAGGAAAUCUCAUUGAUAACUUUAUUCUUUGUCCCCCAGGACCUUGAUGUCUGGGAAGGAAAUAUUUGAACCACUCCGUUUUCCAGUUGUACAUAAUUUAUUAUCAAAACUAAGUAAUGGAGAAAAGGGAAGACAAAAUAAUAAUAACAAUAUAUAAAUAAAACAAAAAAAUAAAAUAAGUAAAUGUAAAUAUAAAAUUGUCGUAUCAAUUCAAUUAUCAGCAUAACUAAAUAAAAACAAUAUUAAGUAACUCCUCUAUAUACAAGCUGAGGUAAUGGCAGUCCAUUUACCUAUCAGCCAAAACUACUUGAACUUUGUCUCAGUUAGGUCUAAUCUUAUAUUCCAGGCUGGUACAAAGGGGAGAAAAACAAACCAAAAGCUAAAGCUGGUGUUUGAAACACAGUUUAAAUGCCAACAAUGAGCUGCCUCCAAGAUUUCAGUGGUGAAAUUAUAGUAAUCCUUAUAUGGUCACAUGAAAUCUUCCUAAUAAUUCAGGAUAAUGGAACGUUUUAUAUUUAACAAGGCCACAAUUAUAACUAAUGACAAUUUCUUAGAUUUUAAGUUAAUUUCCAGCUUGAAAACAAUCACUCAGAAUGAUUUAGCCAUACACAGAAAUGAAAAUUCCUCAAGAUUUUUUUUUAAGUUUCUAUAUUUUGCAA